UAGCCCAUAGCAGCAGAGAGACAGAGAGGUGAGAAUGAAGAUUGAAGUUGAAGUGAUCUCCAAGUCCAUAGAGAUGAUCAAACCAUUUUCUCCAACCCCAAAUCAUCUUCACUAUCACCAGCUCUCCUUUCUCGAUCAAUUAGCUCCCCACGCAUAUAUCCCCUUUCUCUUCUUCUACGAAUCCACCGGCACCAAAACCAUCACUCAGAUAUCAAACAUCCUCAAGACGUCUCUCUCCAAAAUAUUAUCCCAAUACUACCCUUUUGCCGGCCGAGUGAAACACAACCUCUUUGUUCACUGCAGCGACCAAGGCGUCCCAUUCUUCGAAUCCAAAGUCAAAUCCCAACCCCUCUCUGAUAUGAUCGCCAGCCCCUUUGUCUCCGAACUCAACAAGUUGCUGCCCUACAGGCUAGGCGAAGUUACUGAAGUACCCCUUGGUGUUCAACUUAAUGUGUUUGACUGUGGAGGAUUUGCUAUUGGCUUGUGUGUUUCUCAUAGGAUUGCAGAUGGGUUAACAUCUUUUACAUUUGUGAACAGAUGGGCAGCUCAAGCUAAUUGUGAUGCACAAGGGAAGAGUAAUAUUAUUGUGGGUCCGGAUUUUUCUGCAGCAUCAAUCUUCCCACCAAAAAAUAUGGAUGGGUAUUUAGGGGUUUCGAUUGUCAACAAGAAAGCAAUCGUAACAAAGAGGUUUGUGUUCGAUGGCUCAAAGGUUCAGGCUUUAAGAUCGAGAUAUGAAGAGAGCAUGAACUUUUCCAAAACCCAAAAACGCCCUUCAAAAGUUGAGGCCUUAUCAGCUUUAUUAUGGAACAUCUUUCUGGCAUCAAGGAGAGAAAGAGAUUGUGUCGCUAUUUCAAAUCAAUCGCGCACCCAAACAUUAUACACGGUUGUUUAUAUUAUGAAUCUGCGGUCGAGGUUUGACCCACCUUUGCCUCAGCAUGCUUUUGGGAAUUAUUACAGGGCUGCCACUGCAACUCCAACUUUGGUCAAUGGGGAGGAGAGCCAUCGAUUGGUGAGGCAGGUGAUAGAGGAAAUUGAGAACAUUGACAAUAAUUAUAUGAGGAGAUUUCAAGAGGGAUAUCGAGAGCAUUUGGAUUUCAUGAGGAAAAGAAUGGAGAGGUUUGCAAAAGGUGAGCUGGUGACAUUGACUUUUUCGAGUGUGUGCAGGUUUCCUAUUUACGAUGCUGAUUUUGGUUGGGGGAAGCCUGCAUGGGUGAGCAUGGCUGCCAUGGAUAUCAAUAAUCAGAUAGUUUUCAUGGACACCAAAAAUGGCGAUGGUAUCGAGUCGUAUUUUAGCUUGACAGAGGAAGACAUGGCCAAGUUUGAACUUCACAAAGAGUUCAUCGCAUUGCUUAAAUCUCCAGUUGGUAAUGUAAAGGAAAAUUCACUUUCACGUCUUUAAUUUGAACGAGUAAUUAGCUUCUCUGCAGUUGAUUAGUGGUCAUGUGUUAAUUUCCUGAUUAGAUGUUUAUGGUACUGAUACUACUGAAUCAUGUCAUGGUGUGAUCAAAUAUACUCUGCAGCUUGAUCAUGUG